CGUUUUUCAUGUACCAAUUUUUGUAAACCGAAAGUCUGAAAUUUAACCGGACUUUAUAAUAUCCGUCUUGGUUCAACAAACAGCUUCAGUUUAGUAGUCAGAAAAUCUCGUUAGUGGCAGAAUCAACAAGUCAAUGGAGAAGGUGCGGAAGGUGGUGAACGAAAUCGCCUACACGAGAGACCAUAGUAAAUCCCCUGCACUUCACCGGUCUCUCGUUCCCAUCCUCAAACUCGCUUCUUCUCUAUACGGAGUCGCUCUCCAAAUCCGCCGCUCUCUCUACCGCCUCUCAUUAGUACAAAAACACCGAUUACCGGUUCCGGUGAUCAGCGUUGGGAAUCUGAGCUGGGGAGGUAAUGGGAAGACGCCAAUGGUGGAAUACAUUUCUCAAUUCCUCGUUGAUUCUGGACUUUCACCUCUUAUCCUGACUCGUGGUUAUGGUGGUGGAGAUGAAGCCAAAAUGCUUAAAAGACAUCUUGAAGGUGGACCGGCAAAGAUUGGGAUUGGUGCAAACCGAGCAUCUACUGCUGCUUUGUUUUUCGAAAAGUAUGGCUGUGUUGAUCCUUCUAGUAUAAGGUCAUUCUUUGAUCUUCAUGAAAGAGCAGAAGCUAUGAACAUUUCGCAGAAAAUUGGAGUAGUUGUUCUAGAUGAUGGGAUGCAGCAUUGGAGUUUGUCUCGUGAUCUCGAGAUUGUGAUGCUUAACGGGAUGAAUCCGUGGGGAAAUGGUCAUUUAGUUCCCCUUGGUCCCUUACGUGAACCUCUUGUGGCGCUUGAGCGGGCAGAUAUUGUUGUAGUACACCACGUGAACUUGAUAACUAAACAAAGCCUCAGAGAUAUUGAGAACAUUAUACAAGGAUUUAAAAAGUCGAUACCGAUUUUUUACUCCAACAUGGUGCCGAAAUACCUGUUCGAUGUUAAAAAUGCUAAGAAACAUUUAGCUUUAGAAGCAUUGCGCUUUGCCUCUGUGCUAUGUGUUUCCGCAAUUGGAUCCGCUGACGCAUUUGUCAAGACCAUCGAGAUGACAGGAGCACGUUAUGUUGAUAGACUUGAUUUCAGUGAUCAUCAUUUAUUUGAAGCACAGGAUGUCGAAACUAUGAGGAGGAGAGCAAAGGGACUAGAGCGAAAAUCUAAUUCCAAGCCUAUCAUUGUGGUAACUGAAAAGGAUUAUGAUAGAGACCCGGACAUCGUCAAAUGUCUGGACUCAUACACAGUCUUGGUUCUAUGCUCUGAGUUGCAAAUAACUCAUUUUAGAGGAACUGAUGGGGAUAGCUUUAAAUCUACACUUACGAGAGUAGCUGCUAAGUUUUGUGUUUCUAAUUAGAUUCAAGGUUUUAUCUUACUGCAUUUUGUAGCUACCCUUCGAGUAAACAUCCUCACCUCGGUGAGUAUCUCAGCUUUGGCUUCUUCAACACCGCUUGGUCUUCGUUACAAGAUAGUGGCCACUUAUGCUUCCAUCGACUUGUUCUUGGAAGUUGCUUCGUUAUUGCUUGAUCUCACAGGUUCCAACACCCUUGUUUGGUUUUGGUUCAUAGCUCUCAAGAUUACAAUCUCGAUGACCUGUUUCUACCUCUACCCUUUUGUUGUUUUGGCUUUGGGGAUCGCCUAUCUUUGUUGUGCUUUAAACUUUGAACUCUGUUCUGUAUGUUCUGUUCUGUUUUAAUGGAAUGAAACAUAUCUUUGUCCAAAA